CGACGGUCCCUUAGCUCGGUUUUCGACAGAUCCAUCCAAGCUCAGUGGAUCUUGUUUCUGUGCAACAGCAGGGUACGGUGGACUUAGCGCUGUGAGCAAGGGGAAUACGCAUUUCACAGAACAUUUUUACUCGCCUACAAAUCCCAGGCAAUGAACUGUAUACACUGAAACUGACUGAAGAAGGACUAAAAUCGAAAAUGACGGUGGAUUUUGAAGAAUGCAUUAAAGAUUCACCCAGAUUCAGGGCUUCGAUAGAUGAAGUGGAAACUGAGGUGGUGGAGAUUGAAGCAAAACUAGACAAGCUGGUGAAGCUAUGCAGUGGGAUGAUCGAAGCAGGAAGGUCCUACAUCAAUGCCAACAAGCUCUUCGUCAAUGGAGUAAAGGACCUGUCUCAGCAAUGCAAGAGAGACGAAAUGAUUACGGAGUGCCUGGAAAAGUGUGGAGAGAGCCUGCAGGAAAUGAUCAAUUAUCACAUGAUACUGUUCGAUCAAGCGCAGAGAUCCGUCAAGCAGCAGCUACACAACUUUGUCAAAGAGUAA